ACCAUCGUCCAUCAAAGCAUCUUUGUACGCAACUUUCAGGCUUAAAUUAAUCUCUUCUUUUUCUGGUCAAUUUUUCCCUUCAAAUUCUCUAAGAUAUCAUGGGUGUUGUCACUUACGAUCAUGAGGUUAUCACCUCAAUCCCACCAGCAAAGCUUUUCAAGACUUUCAUCGUUGAUUUUGACAACCUCAUUCCUAAUAUCUUGCCUCAGGCCUUCAAGAGUGUCGAAAUCCUCCAAGGUGAUGGUGGAGCUGGAACCAUCAAAGUCACCCAUUUUGGCGAAGGUAGCCAGUACAAGAGCAUGAAGACCCAUGUUGAUGAGCUUGACGAGGAGAAUUUUGUCAUCAAAUAUACCAUUAUCGAAGGAGAUGUUUUGGAGGAUGUGAUUGAGAAAAUUACUUUCGUGAUUAAAAUCCUACCCUCAGCUGACGGAGGAUCCAUUACCAUAACCAGCAGCACAUACUACACCAAGGGUGACGCCAAGAUAAACGAAGAGGAUAUCAUGUCUCGUAAAGACAAGGCUGCUGGAGUCUUCAAGGCUCUUGAGGCUUACUUCGAUGACAACCCUGAUGAUUACUAAGUCUUUUUCAUCAAUUUCUGCACAAAGAAGAAUAAGUCUAGUAUGUGCGUCUUUAAUGUGCCUGAUUUUGAAACUUCAAAAAUGCGAUUUUUUGCUAUGUCUUUUCUUUCUGGGGUAUGCAUCUUUCCAAGGCAAUUAAAUUAGUGCCUUCGGUUUCUUAGUAAAUGCUACUACUUAAGUUUUGAUUAUCAUGUUGCCUAUUUUGUACCGUUUGGAUUAAGAGAUAGGCAUGGAUUUGAAUCCAAAACAAUACAGCAAUAUUUUUCAGCACCACAUUGAGUUA